GAAUGGCAUCACACGACGGGUUUGCAUCGUGAAAGUGAAGGAGAAUGUUACUCCGCAUCGUCCAUGUGAGCUAGUGAGGUGUUCCUCUGUACGGGGGAGUAAUUGAAGCCGACGCUAACACUUACAAAAUUUGCAAUGACGCAGACAGGCAAGUUUUGUACAGGAGGAGCAAGAGGUUGGACUGGUGAUCGCCGAGGGCAAGGGAAAGUGUAGCCGGUGCUGGGAAUAUAUAAGUUGUAGCUGAUAGCCUCACAAAAAUGAAAAAAAGAGAUCAUCAUCACUGAGCGCCAUUCAUCUCUACUCUCUCACAAUGGCUAGCAUUCGAUCUGUGUUGGUCUCGGGUCUUUUGGCCGCGGGUGUCAAUGCCCAAGCCUACGAUUCGAGUGAUCGCGCUGAAGAUGCUUUUAGCUGGGUUCAGCCUAAGAACACCACUAUUCUUGGACAGUACGGCCAUUCGCCUCAUUACCCUGCCAACAAUGCUACUGGCAAGGGCUGGGAAGAUGCCUUCGCCAAGGCCCAAGACUUUGUCUCCCAGUUGACACUCGAGGAAAAGGCCGACAUGGUCACAGGAACACCAGGUCCUUGCGUCGGCAACAUCGUCGCCAUUCCCCGUCUCAACUUCAACGGUCUAUGUCUCCACGACGGUCCCCUCGCCAUCCGUGUAGCAGACUAUGCCAGUGUCUUCCCCGCUGGUGUAUCAGCUGCUUCAUCAUGGGACAAGGACCUCCUCUACCAGCGCGGUCUCGCAAUGGGUCAAGAGUUCAAGGCCAAGGGCGCUCACAUCCUCCUUGGUCCUGUCGCCGGUCCACUUGGACGCUCGGCGUACUCUGGUCGUAACUGGGAGGGUUUCUCGCCGGAUCCUUACCUCACUGGUAUUGCGAUGGAGGAGACCAUCAUGGGACACCAAGAUGCGGGUGUCCAGGCUACUGCGAAGCACUUUAUCGGUAACGAGCAGGAGGUCAUGCGAAACCCUACUUUUGUUAAGGAUGGGUAUAUUGGUGAGGUUGAUAAGGAGGCUCUUUCGUCUAACAUGGAUGAUCGAACCAUGCACGAGCUCUACCUCUGGCCUUUUGCCAAUGCUGUUCAUGCCAAGGCUUCUAGCAUGAUGUGCUCUUACCAGCGUCUCAACGGCUCCUACGGCUGCCAGAACUCAAAGGUUCUGAACGGUAUCCUGCGAGAUGAGCUUGGUUUCCAGGGCUACGUUAUGUCUGAUUGGGGUGCUACCCACGCCGGUGUUGCUGCCAUCAACAGCGGUCUCGACAUGGACAUGCCCGGUGGUAUUGGCCAGUACGGCAUGUACUUCACCAAGUCAUUCUUCGGCGGCAACCUCACCCGCGCCGUCAACAACGGCACCCUCGACGAGACCCGCGUCAACGACAUGAUCACCCGCAUCAUGACUCCCUACUUCUGGCUCGGCCAGGACAAGGACUAUCCCUCCGUCGACCCCUCCAGCGGCGAUCUCAACACCUUCAGCCCCAAGAGCACCUGGUUCCGCGAGUUCAACCUCACCGGCGAGCGAAGCCGUGACGUCCGCGGUAACCACGGUGACUUGAUCCGCAAGCACGGCGCCGAGUCCACCGUCCUUCUCAAGAACGAGAAGAACGCCCUCCCCCUCAAGAAGCCCAAGUCCAUCGCCGUCUUUGGUAACGAUGCCGGUGAUAUCACUGAGGGUUUCUACAACCAGAAGGACUACGAGUUUGGCACUCUUGUCGCUGGUGGUGGUUCCGGUACUGGUCGUUUGACAUACCUUGUUUCGCCUCUUACUGCCAUCAAUGCUCGUGCUAAGCAGGACGGCACUCUUGUUCAGCAGUGGAUGAACAACACUCUUAUUGCUACCACCAACGUCACUGAUCUUUGGAUCCCUGCUACUCCUGAUGUCUGCCUUGUUUUCUUGAAGACUUGGGCUGAGGAGGCUGCUGAUCGUGAGCACCUUUCCGUUGACUGGGAUGGUAACGAUGUUGUCGAGUCUGUUGCUAAGUACUGCAACAACACUGUCGUCGUCACUCACUCUUCUGGUAUCAACACUCUUCCUUGGGCUGACCACCCCAACGUCACCGCCAUUCUCGCUGCCCACUUCCCCGGUCAGGAGUCCGGUAACUCCCUCGUUGACCUCCUCUACGGCGAUGUCAACCCCUCUGGUCGUCUUCCCUACACUAUCGCUUUCAACGGCACUGACUACAAUGCUCCUCCUACCACUGCCGUCAACACCACCGGCAAGGAGGACUGGCAGUCUUGGUUCGACGAGAAGCUCGAGAUUGAUUACCGCUACUUCGACGCGCACAACAUCUCCGUCCGCUACGAGUUCGGCUUCGGUCUCUCCUACUCCACCUUCGAAAUCUCCGACAUUUCUGCCGAGCCUCUCGCCUCCGACAUCACCUCCCAGCCGGAAGAUCUCCCCGUACAGCCCGGCGGCAACCCCGCCCUCUGGGAGACCAUCUACAACGUGACCGUCUCCGUCUCCAACACUGGAAAGGUCGACGGCGCCACCGUUCCCCAGCUCUACGUCACAUUCCCCGACAGUGCUCCUGCUGGUACACCACCUAAGCAGCUCCGUGGCUUCGACAAGGUCUUCCUUGAGGCUGGUGAGAGCAAGAGUGUUAGCUUUGAGCUGAUGCGUCGUGAUCUCAGCUACUGGGAUAUCAUUUCUCAGAAGUGGCUUAUUCCUGAGGGAGAGUUUACUAUUCGUGUUGGAUUCAGCAGUCGGGACUUGAAGGAGGAGACAAAGGUUACUCUUGUUGAGGGGUAGUUUAAUAGGUUUAUGAUGUAUGAGAUAUGCCCUAAUUACCUAGAUAGUAAAUCCACG